AUGGCCAGAAGUCUUCCGCCACAUGACGAGCAUCUAGAGGAAGAGUACAUAGACAUGGAAGUGAGUUCAUACUCCAUCUUCCAUGGCCACUCCAUCAUUCCUAGUCCUGCUCAAACCCACAGAGAAUUCGAGUUCCAGAUGUCCUCAACCUCGUUAGAUCGCAAAGAAGCCUCAACCUCACCAGCUGAUGAGCUGUUCUACAAAGGCAAGCUCCUCCCUCUCCACCUCCCUCCUCGCCUAGAGAUGGUCGAAAAGCUCCUCGAGCUCGAUGGCGACGACAAAUACUACGACGAGUUCUACAGCACUCCUCUAGUGUCGACCGCCCCUACUCCGACGGCGAUGAGCACGCUGUUCGACUCGUGCAACGUGUCGCCCUCCGAGUCCUUCAGGAUCAGCAGAGAGCUCAACUUGGAUGAGUAUCUCGCUGGCAUGUCGGCGGCGGCAACGAGCAACUUUGAGAAGGAAAGCGCGAAGAUCAAGUCAUGGACAGGGAGAAUCAAGAUGAUCAAGCAGUCUUUGUCUAAGCUCAAGGCUUCCCGGGCCUACGUCAAUGCCUUGUUUGGCAAAUCCAGCUGCUCAAACGAGUCCUGCACAGAAGCAGCCCGAAACCAUGCUUUGAAAACGAGCGAGUCCCGCGAACGGAGUGACGAUUCGACGAGGAAAAAUAAGUUCGGCAGAGUUCCCAGCGCAGUUAGAAGCUUUAAUGAAGAAAAGGCCUUUGAGAAUGGUGGCGGAUCUCAGCACAUGAGGACGUCUACCGUAUCAAACAAGCGGCAUUCAUCGAUCAAGAUCUCGACGUCCUCCUCCUUGUCAUCGUCGUCUUCCAACUCUUCCUCGUCUUCAUGUUCAAACGACGCCAACAGGUUCGGCAAAUUUCAGCUUCUGAGCAGAAGCAGCAAAGGGUAUAUGCAAGUAGAGUCCCCAAUUCAGGGAGCAAUUGCCUAUUGCAAGCAGUGUCAAAACAUGUUGUAA